AUGGUGCUGUCCGCAUUUCUGUGCCCCUUCUCUCAGCUGAUGACCCUGGUUCAGCUCUCUAGUGGCCUUUCAGUGAGGUCAAAGUUCUAUGUUUGGGAACCACCAAAUACCAAGCCUGACUGGUUGAAAGUUAGACUGACCUUGGGCUGGUCAGUCUUCCUGUGGGUCUGUCUCAUCAAUCAGCAUAAUGAAAAUGGUUUUGAACAUAAAAGAAGAAAUGGAUUGGCAUAA